UGUCUGUCUGUCUGUCUGGAGAGGAGAUCUCAGAUUCUUGGGCCUUUUGAGUAUCGAGCCUUCUACUUCUUCACCUUCAUCAACUCAAAUGAAGUGCUUCUAAAUCCAUCAUUGUCAGGGGCUGAGGUAACCUAUUAAUUGAGUCAACAGAUGUGAAAGGAUUAGAGAGUGCUCAGCCCAAAUAAACAGGAGCCUUCUAAUGUAAGCUCUUAUUAUUUUUAUUACUGUAUGCCAAACAUUUAAGACUUUCUCAAUUUCACAACUCAAUGAGGUUGGCAUAAACCCCAUAUCCUAUUUAUUAGGAAACAAAUUCAGAGAGAUUGGGCAAACUUAACCCCCAGGGUCACACAGCGAGUGCAGGAGUUCACAACCAUCUAAUUCCAAAGCUGGGACUCUUUGUCUCCACCCCAUGGCCUGAAUUACUGGCCAGGUUUUCAGUCUGAAAGCAGCUUCUCAGGCUGCCCUUAAGGCUUUUACAUCCAAAGCCCAAGGGUCUUCCUCUCUUCCCAAGUCUGUCCAGAACAGGCACUGGGCGUUAAAAUGAACGUCUUCAAGCCAAGGCAUAAUUUGCUUAUGUAAUAGGGCCCCAGUCAUCCCACUUAAAUUCCACACUCAAGCCAGUUUCUCUCCCAGGGUAUCAAGUGUGAGUUAAAGAAAUAACCCAUGCUUAUCACCAUGCACUCCCUUGCCUCUAUGAUGCAGCCAAGCCAAAGACCAGAAGGUUAGAAAAGCUUUCUAGCAGUCACAAACCAGAGAGAAAAAGCUCCAAACCAAGUCUACUAUUUUCUGGUUUCAAAAUCCAAACUAAAAACCGCAGUUAAACAUUAGCUACUAAACAGUCCUCCUAAAGCAAGGGAGAAGCCUAACAAUUAUGUUGCACUGAGCACUUCCUAGGUGUCUGCACUUUUCAUAUGUUGUUAUCCCUUUGUCUGGAAAGAGCCAAGAAGUUACUCUUGUGAAUUUAAUCAAGUCCCUCAGGGUCACAUGGGUAGUGAGUAGCAGAAGCAGGACUUCAACCCAGGUCUGAUGAUCAGGGAUCAUCAGGGAUCUUAAACACCCUCUACCCACCCUGACACAAUGACACAAUGUGUCUACCCACAAUGACCCAACCAUUGUGAUUCAUGCUUUUGGUUUUCCCUGGAGCCACGUCCCUGAAAUCUUGAGAGGAGAAGCUAUGGAAGCAAGACAAAUGGACUCUAUAAACAAACAAUCCCGGUUCCAGGAUCUAGAACCUCGGUCAAGUACUAGCUCUGUCCCCUUGAGAGAUGACAACCUUCCGAGUUUCCCCACUGAUGCAAUCAAGCUCAUCAUUCCCGUUUCAGGAUGCAGAAGAGAACGGAGCUAUGGCUCCAUUAUGCAAAUAUCAGUUACCCUUUUCCCUCCUUAACCAACUCUUAAAAACCAGUAGUAGUGCUUUCUCAUCCUCCGCUUCCAGCUCAACUUCAGAGUUCUCGGCCCCCACCAGAGUACCACCACACCACCACCACCUCUUCGUGCCCCUCUCCUCCUUAGUAGCUGCUUCAUUAGGUCUCUUGCUUCCAGGGAGGACUGGCCUUGGAUGCUGGGACUCUGCCUACUUUGCUUCUUUCUUUCCGACUCUGGGCUUGGGGGUCUGCAUCUUCGCAGGACCGGGAGCUCUUCCCUGCGCUCCUCCGGGCUCUGCAAAGCCACCGCUGGGUGAGCACCGGCCUGUGCGUCCCGCCCCGCCCCGCCCCCCCCACCCGGGGCGGGGACGGGGUGUGACCCUAGAGUUUAGAUAGGAGGCGCCUGCUGUGGGGAACACCCCUCCGCCAGCAGAGCUCUGUUGGCGGCGCAAGUCUCACCCGCAUAGCCGCGCACGGAGCGGCUGGGGGCUCCUCCACACCUGGCUCCCCGCCCGGCCCUCCCGCAGCCUCUGCCUCGGCCAGACGCGCCGCGCCUCCAGGCCAUGAGGCCGCCGAUCUACCGCUGCCACAACACCACGUCGGUGGAGAAGGGCAACUCUGCUACGAUGGGCGGAGUGCUCUUCAGCGCUGGUCUCUUGGGCAACCUGCUGGCCCUGGGGUUGCUGGCGCGCUCGGGGUUGGGGUCUUGCCCUCCGCGCCCGCCGCCCUCGGUUUUCUACGUGCUGGUGUGCGGCCUGACGAUCACCGACUUGCUGGGCAAGUCUCUUGUGAGCCCCUUCGUGUUGGCCGCCUACGCGCAAAACCGGAGCCUGCGGGGUCUCGUGCCGUCGGGCAGCUCUCUGUGCCAAGCCUUCGCCUUCUUCAUGUCUUUCUUCGGGCUCGCCUCGACUCUGCAGCUGCUGGCCAUGGCCCUGGAGUGCUGGCUCUCCCUAGGGCACCCUUUCUUCUACCGGCGGUACAUCACCCCGCGCCGGGGUGCACUAGUGGCUCCCGUCGUGAGCGCCUUCUGCCUGGCUUUCUGCGCGCUGCCCUUUGCGGGCUUCGGGAAGUUCGUGCAGUACUGCCCCGGCACCUGGUGCUUCAUCCAGAUGGUCCACGAAGAGCGCUCGGUGUCAGUGCUGAGCUACUCAGUGCUCUACGCAAGCCUUAUGCUGCUGCUGGUCCUCGCCAUCGUGCUGUGCAACCUGAGCGCCAUGCGCAACCUCUACGCGAUGCACCAGCGGUUGCGGCGGCUUCCGCGCUCUAGCCCCAGGUACCACGCGGAGACCCGCGCCGGCGAGGAGGAGGAGACCUCGCAGCCUCUGGAGGAGCUGGAUCACCUCCUGCUGCUAGCCCUCAUGACCGUGCUCUUCACGAUGUGCUCCCUGCCUUUAAUUUAUCGUGCUUACUAUGGAGCCUUCAAAGCUGUUCACGAGAAAAGUGAGACCUCUGAACAAGUCAAAGACCUCCAGGCUUUGCGCUUUCUGUCUGCCAUCUCAAUUGUGGACCCUUGGAUUUUCAUCAUUUUCAGAACAUCAGUGUUUCGGAUGUUUUUCCACAAGAUUUUCAUAAGGCCUCUUAUGUACAGAAAUUGGCACAGCAAUUCUUACCGAACUAACAUGGAGUCCAGUCUGUGACCGUGUUUCACUCUCUCUGGUAAGCUCAGGAAAAUCUCACAUUUUCUGGCAAAGAACCACAAUCCAAAAAACCUGACAGUUUUUAGCCUUCAAAGUUAGGUCCCAUCACAAAAUGUCUAAACGUACUUUCAAAAGUAUUUGAUUAACCUUCAUGAUGUGUUGUCACUCUGUAUUCAUGAACCAGUUCAGUGGAUUUUUUUUCCUUUUGAGUUAUGAAUAGCAACUACAGUUUCACCUGUUGCAGACAAUGUUAAAAAUCUUUCAGCAAUGAUACUAAUUGUUCCAAUGUGUGUGCAUGGGUGUGUCCAUGGUAUCCCUAAGUUUUUAGAGAAGACUUGGAGCCUCUGGGUCUUUAUUUAAAUCUAGUGGAAACACCACUGUUCAUGAUUAUGUGAUGGGUGUUUUUUUUAAGUUUCUUACCCUCUUCAUUUCUAGUGAAACCUGAUUUGUUUAUUUUGUAUCACAAUUGCUCCUGUCUAACUCUUUUCGUUGCCGACUGAUGCAAGUAUAGCCUGAAUUAUAGAUACUCCUCUGAGAAGGGGGGGUGGGAAAUGUAACCAGGUCAGGAGUUCCCGUCGUGGUACAGCAGUAUGGAAUCCGACUAGUAUCCAUGAGGAUGCAGGUUCGAUCCCUGUCCUGGCUCAGUGGGUUAAGGAUCUGGCAUUGCCACAAGCUGUGGUAUAGGUUGCAGACAUGGCUCAGAUCCUACACUGCUGUGACUGUGGUGUAGGCCCGCAUGUGCUCCAAUUUGUCACCUAGCCUGAGAACUUCCAUAUGUUGCAGGGUGUGGUCCUAAAAAAGACAAAAAAAAGAAAAAAGAAAUAUAAUCAGGUCGGGCAUUUGGAGGGUGGUUCCCCAGACACCGUCUGGGAGAAUGCUCACUGCCUUGUGUGAAAGGGUGAGGCUAUAAAUAAGUAAACACAAGGCAAGAUAUGACUAUGGCCUAAAACCCAGAGAAGAAAACAUUAUUUUUGUAUCCUUUGAAGUCCAGUUUCUUAUGUCGGGAGGUAGGAGUGUCAGUAGGAAUGAAAAUUUGGGAGUGGGCCACAAAAUGUUAUUUCAGUUUUUGGAACCUCCAUUUUGUAGGUUUAUCACAUUGAUGGAUUCUUUGAUGGUGGAGGAAUUUAUGGUUCUUUAAAAAAACAAUGAUUUAUGACCUCCCCAAGAGCUGUAUUUACUAUGUGUGACCGUGAUGUAGUGGGGUGGUCAGCACAGCGACAAGCCCACCCGGGCUCAGUCAGCCUCAGCUGAGAGCCAGAGCAAUGACCUUAACCAUCUCCUUCUUCUGCCCUUGGUGGAUAUGGUAAGAUCUUACCAAGGUUCCCAGAAGCUACGCUUUCAAACUAGAGCAGGAUGUGGCUCAGAUGGAGCACAAUCAAGCACUUUAAUUGUACAUUUAAAUGUUUACAAAGGUUAGCAACACUAUCUAUGACCAAAAGGGAAAGUGGGGAAAAUACAGCGGCAGGGUUUAAACCACAGACUUAUAGACCCAACUUACAGACUCAGGAAAGAACUUGCACUUUUGGUAAAAGAACACACGGUGGCGCCAGAGGGGUUUCAGCAUCUCGGGUCUCUUUGCACUGGACACACUCAGAUGCCAAGCUAGAGAGCAAACUACAUUUGAAGAGACCCAGAGACCCAUUCAGCCAUCCCUUCCAACGACCAGAGUAUUUGCCUUAUUUCUGGCUUAGCAGAAGCCCCAUCGCUCAGCUCUUGUUUAUGUCAGAAGUGGCAUUAACCUGGAUAAUAUGUCUAUUACGUACACAUAAUAAAUAUGUGUAUUUUUCUGUAUGUGGCAAAACUGUGAAAUGGCCUAAUUAGGAAUACAUGAAUUACAAUAGAAGACUAUGAUGUGAGGAAAAAUGCACUUGUUUUCAAGUUUAACUCUCAUUUGUAUAUUUGAUGUGUAAGUACAUAUGUGUUUUAUUGUCAAAGAAAGUACAUGUUUUUUGUGCUCUUUUGGAAGGUGUGUUACAGUAAUUGUCAAGAUCAUUUGAAAAAGUCCCAGAUGAAUCAAUAAACAUAACUUAAUAAUAUUUUACAAAGAAAAUUACUUUUUCAAAUGAAAGAAAAGCGUUUAGUUUCUUUGUUUUGCUGUUUUGAGUAAACAGUUACCAGCAGUCUUUCAUUCUCUAGCAGUUUAAUUGUGUUGAUUUUUAUAGGCUGCUCUAUUAGCAUAUGUAUUACUUUAAACAGUUUUGCAUAGGUUUAUCCAAGAACUUUGUGGUCCUUUCUCUUUGAUACACAAUAUAGAUACACCAUCUGGAUGAAAUUCAUGUUAAGUUAAAAAGUCAAUUCUUCAAGAGUUCCCUGAUGGCUCCAUGGGUUAAGGACCUGGCAUUGACACUGCUGUGGCUUGGAUCACUCCUGUGGUGCAGAUUUGACCCCUGGCCACAGGCAUGACCAAAAAAAAAAAAAAAAGUCGACUCUUUCAAUGAUCUUCAUUGAUUUAUUCAUUAAAUAAUUAAAUAAGUCUUAACUGACAUAUACCUUAUGCCAGGCAGUUGGGUUCCAUGCUGAGGAAAAAAAUAGUAAGACUUGGUUCAGUGUAGUUGCUUACUAUCCACUUGUGGACGGGGGCACAUAACCAGUUACAGGAGAGUGUGGAAAUCCCAUUAGGAAGGGUGCACAUACAGUCCCAUUAGAAGAGGAAGGCUGAACUGGGGUGAUGUGUAUGGUUGUUGGAAUUUCACAGUGAGAAGAUGCUUAAGCGAGGUACUUAAGAUGAGUAGGAGUUUUGACACUGGUUGAAAACUAAACAAAGGUCAAAAAUAGUUUACAUAAAACAUGGAGUUUCCGUCAUGGGUCAGUGGUUAACAAAUCCAACUAGUAUCCAUGAGGAUGUGGGUUCCAUCCCUGGCCUGGCUUAGUGGGUUAAGGAUCCAGCAUUGCCGAGAGCUGUGGUGUAGGUCACAGACAUGGCUCGGAUCCCGUGUUACUAUGGCUGUGGCAUAGACCAGCAGCUGCAGCUUUGAUUCGACCCCUAGCCAGGGAACUUCCAUAUGCCAUGGGUGCGGCCCUAAAAGGACCAAAAAAAAAAAAAAGUUUACAUAAAAGGAAAUACAUAUGUUAAUAAUGUAGAAACAUUACUGUCUCAUUAAAGAAAUGCAAAAUUAAAGUCAAAUUAUGAAAGACCACACACAAAAAUAAUUAUGACUCUCAAUAACAGAGAGAUCAUUAUUAAGUAAAAGGCGCAUUCAUGCUCCCCUGGUGGGUUUGUAAAUUUGUCCACCUCUUCUUGAUAGCAACCUGACAGUACAUACCAGGAGCCUAAAAGUGUUCUUUUCUACCAUUCCAAUGACUCCACUCUACAAUUCUCUUCCAGAAAAAUAAUCAGAGGAGCUGUCACAGUUAUGCAUGGAACUCCCCCUUGUAGCAUUACUUCAAGUAGCAAAAAGAUGAAAAGGAAACCAUAUAAGUGACCAAAACAAGGGUUAAACAGGCUUUUCUGGUAUAAUACACACAAACAUAUAUAUCAGAAUUACACAGCCAUUAGAAAAAGGUUUUCAAAUAACUUAUAAAAUUUGAGCAAAAGCAUACAGUGUAAUACUAGUUGAAAAAAGUAUGAUACAAACUAUUUUAAGAUAUAACCCAUAAAUAUAUAUGCAUAUAAAAUACUUUGAAAAAAUAUAUACCAAAGAAUCAAAAUGCGAACCACAGUUAUCUUUUUUUAAUGGAUGUUUUCCCUGUAAUUCUUUGUAUUUUCCAAGUUUUAUUAAAGUCAAGGUUUCUCUCAUGUGAAAUCUUUUUUUAGAAUAACGAAUAGGAGUUCCUGUUGUGGCUCAGCCGGUUAAGAACCUGACAGGUUAAGAACCUGUCCAUGAGGAUGUGGGUUUGAUCCCCGGCCUCGCUCAGUGGCUUAAGGAUCUUGCAUUGCCAAAAGCCUCAAGGUAUAUAGAUCACCAAUGUGGCUUGGAUCCAGUGUUGCUGUAGCAUAGACCUCAACUGCAACUCCGAUUUGAACCCCAGCCGGGGAACUUCCAAGUGCUGUGAGUACAGCAGUAAAAAGAAAAAAGGAAGUUAAAUAAAGGAAUGAAUGGGCUGAGAAAAGAAGGGAGAAGGGCAUGAAGGGAAAGCUUUUUAACCUAAAGGACCAGUAUGUGCAAAGCCAUGCAAGAAUAAAGGGGUG